GCGACUCGCACACAGGCGCGCCUGGGGCAGCCUCUCCGUGCGCCUCUGCGUGUCGCGCUCUCCCUCUCUCCCUGCGCCCGACCGCCUGGCCAGCUCGCUCGCCUCCGCGCGCAGUGUGCGUCCGCGCGCGCGUCCCGCCGCUGCUCCUCCGGCGCCCGACCGACAGCCGUCCCCGGGGCCGACGCGCGCCCAGGGCCAGAGCCACCCGGCCAGGCACCCGCGUCGCCGGCAUUGAUGCUGCUCAGGGCGCUGCCGGCCGCCUCGCUGCUGCAGCCGAGCCCGGGCGCGGAGGCCUUCUACGAGGAGACGAGCGGCAUGGAGGCGAGCGGCCUCUGCUGCCAGCAGCAGGACGCGCUGCUGGCGAGCGGCGCGUCGCCCGCGUCCUCGUCCUCCACCUCGUCGCAGAACGCGCUGCUCGUCGGCGCCAACGCCUACCAGUACGCCGCGGCUGCCAGCGACCAGAUAGUGCCCGAACGAUCCUCGUGCGGCCUCAGCGCCAGUGUUGUUAAUGUUGUUAACGGUGUCGCCGUGAUCGGCGCCCAGCAGCAGCAGCAACAGCAGCAGCAGCAGCACCCGCAGCAGCAGCACCCGCAGCAGCAGGCCGAGCACCACGCGCAGGCGUGCGCCGACAGCGCCGGCCUCUUCGUCAACGGGCACGAGGCCAUUUGGCAGCAGCAGCAGCAGCAGCAGCAGCAGCAGCACUCGGCGCAAGCUCUGCACGGCCAGCCGGCCUACGUCGACUACUCGUGGCUACAGAUGCAGUCGUCGGACCUGGACACGCUGCUAUGCAGACAAGACCUGGAAAGACUGCAGAGGCUCGACGAAGACGAGAAGGAUGGCAGCGGCACGAUGGACGAAUUCUUCGACGACGCGAGCUGUCGGCCGCAGGCGAGCUUCGUGCGAGGAGGUAGCGGCGCGACGACACAGCCACAGCAGUCGACGACGACGACGACGACGACGACGCAGCAGCAGCCCGACGACGACGUGUUCCUCAGGCCGCCGCUCUGGGAGGACAUCACUUCCAGCAUACAGAAGCUCGACCCCGAAAAUGCCGACAUGCUCGGCCAGUCGCAGACCUCGCACCCGUGCGUGUGUAUUUGGGCACAGUUGCACGUCAAGCUGGAGAACGUGACGGACGAUCAGCAAGCGCCUACCUCCCUGUCGUCGCCACAGCCCGUACUGUCGCCGCACCAGGAUGUCAAGAGUGAGCCGCAAUCCACUCUGCCGACCCUGCAUCUGCUGGAGGCGCCGACCUCGUCCUCGUCCUCGUCGAAUUACGCCAACGCGAGGGCGUCGCUUCAUCACAGGCCCACGGCUGCUUUCAAGCUCUUCCCCUGCACCAAUAAUAACAAUCCCAGCGCGAGCAACAACAACAGUAGCACGCACAACAGCAACAGCACAAACAACAACAGCAACGUCGACCAGCAGCAGCAGCAGCAGCAGCAGCAGCAGCAACAGCAGCAGCAGCCGUCGUUGUACGGCUCGAUGACGCGCUUGAUGUACGUGUCGCCGUUGACACCGCCGAUCUCGGACCCGGGCUCGCCGCUCGGCGGACCGCCACGACGGACGCCACCGCCGCCGUACCCGCAGCCGUCGCUGCUACAGCAGCAGCAGCAGCAGCGAGCGGCGCCGGCGCCGGCGGCGCCUCCGCCGCCAAAUCCGCCGUCGCAUCGGAUACACACGGGCGUUGGCACCACCAAGUACAACAGGAGGAACAAUCCCGAGCUCGAGAAGCGACGGGUUCACCAUUGUGAUUUCAUCGGCUGCACGAAGGUCUACACGAAGAGCUCGCAUCUCAAGGCUCACCAGCGAAUCCACACGGGUGAGAAGCCGUACCAAUGCCAGUGGCCCGAGUGCGAGUGGCGGUUCGCCCGCAGCGACGAGCUGACGAGACACUACAGGAAGCACACCGGAGCCAAACCCUUCAAAUGUGCCGUCUGCGAGCGCUCGUUCGCGCGGAGCGACCACCUCGCUCUGCACAUGAAGCGACACCUGCCCAAGCAGCAUCCCAAGUGAUAAGAGCGAUUCUUUGUUUUUCACGAAUCUCUCGUGGUUGCGAUUGUAAUGUCUGUGAGCUUUUGUGCGACGCUGAACUUCGUAUUCCGUAGAUACGCGCGUGCCGACAACUGUUCUUUUUUUUCGGAGUACGAGUGUUUAAUUCCUGAAAAAAUUUUAAUGUCUUAUAGACGCAGUAUUAUAUUAUUUAUUAUUUUGUAUGUAUAUCUUUUUUUAUUAUGUCGUUAGGAAAGUAUGAGUUAUAAGUUACAUGUUAGAGUGCAAUUUUAUCGGCAAUGAUUACUUAAUGUCCUCGAGCGUGGACGGUUUUUUUCUUUUACAAUGUGCAAUUGCGUAUAUAGUAUUUUUUGCGCGCAUUAUUUCUUAUCUUUUCGAAGUAUUAUGUUGCAUAUGUGUUUUUUUAAAUUUUAUCGGAAAGUGCACUGGUGAUUAUGUUGCCGUCCCUUCUUCGCAAUAGUUUGUUGUUGAUUAUUGGACUAAAAUUUUACGGCUUUACCGGGUAAUAUGAUUUCUUUUUUCCUUUUUUUUUUUAUUUUUACACUUCGUUGUCGGCGCGCUUUCGGUGGCUGGCCCACCCAUUCCACGUCUCUCACGAGCACUUUCAACUUUGAAUGUACUAUACCCACGAAUCAUCUCUAUAUGGAUAGAUGUAUACAGCAGCAAAAGAAAACACACAAAUAUCUCACUUGAAUGUUUGAUUACGAAUAAUAGGACAGUUAGAAACUUACUUACAAAAAUAUUAUAGAUUUUUAAAUACCGCGUAUACGCAGGAUUCGGCGAUUGGUCUUUCCUUCUUGAGAAAUCUGUGAGAGAGCUUAUAUUGAACACUGUCAAAGACUCUUUCGUCACGAAUCAUCAUAUUCUAGCAGAAAAAAACAAAAAAAAAUAAAAAUAGAACAAACAAAAAAAUUUUAAAAACUGUUGUCGCACAAAUAAAAUCGAUGGUAAAGAGUUUGACUAUUGUACGGCACCAAAUUUGAAAGCUCAAUGUUAAGAUGUUAAAUUUAAACACCGACUAAAAAAAGUAAGAACACACGCGCGCGCGCGCACGCACACACACGCACACACACGCACACACACGCACACACACGCACACACACGCACACACACGCACACACACACACACACACUAGUGCCUUAAGAAGGAUGCGAGCGUCGCUAGUCCAGCAGACAAAACGAAAACGUGCUACUUAAAUAAUUGAUAUAUAUAUUCCGAGAGAGUCGUGAGAGCAUGUGUUACAUGAGUGAGCGCAAGCGGCAUGAAAAGCACCGUAUUCCCAAAGACUUCGAACUUACGCAUUGUCCCGUUAUCGUAUACGUGUAAGUUUUAUGUAUCGAACAACAGAGAGAGAGAGAGAGAGAAGCGCUUUUGCCGGUCGCGUCCGGUGAAAGUGUCAGCCGAGAGAGUUUAGCGUACAUAUCAUUUCUUCUCUUCUUCUAUCCUCUUCAAGACUUUGUUAUCUGUGUACAGAGAGCAACUCGCGACGGAUAUCCGCUCGAGGCGAUGACUUCGUCACAUUGUAAAUGCGUUAUACAUACAUAUAUUAUUAUUACUAUUAUUAUUACUGUAUUCUCUCUGUCUCAGUCUUCGUGUGAUUUGCGAAAAAGAAAUUUUUACAUUUAAAAGGAGUAUAAAAAAAAGGACACACAAUAAAAGGAAACUUAUUCAUUAAAAAGCUAUUAUACAUAGAUAUGUGUGUAUAUAAGCGUACGAGUGAAGGUUGAUGAUACGAUAAAAGAGAGCCUAGUCUGUAUCGUGUUCAACGUGACUCGUUGAGAAAAUU